AUGAAUAGUGGUCCCCAAGAUAACCCCACAGCAAUCAACGGUAGUGAGGUCGGUGAUUUCGGUGGGUCCGUUGAAAACAUGGCCACGGGCGGCCAGAACGGUCCGAAAGUGAAACUCCCACCUCUGGUGGUGAAGUCAGUACCACUCGACAAGCUGGCUCAAGAGAUGGUAUCCCUUGGCGUCGCUGCCGAGUACAAGCUGUGCGGGAUUGGCACGAAAAUCAUCCUCCACACCAAAGCGGACUACAACAAAGCUUUGGCUUCGCUGAAGAAUUCCAAAGUGGAAUUUUUCACACACGACAUCCCGGGCGACAAGCCAUAUAAGGUAGUCAUCCGAGGCCUUCCGAAUUUCGAAACGAAGGUGAUCGAAGAUGAAAUUAUCGGCCGGUACAAGCUGGCCCCCAUCGCCGUCUUUCGGAUCAAGAGGAGGAACGAAAGCCAGAGGAAGUACCAGGAUUGCCUUUUCCUGGUACACUUCAAGAAGGGGACGGUGACGCUUAAUGCGUUGCAAGCAAUACGCUCGCUCUUCAACGUUAUCAUCCGUUGGGAGUCCUACCGUGGUGGCCGACGCUAUGUAACGCAGUGUCAGCGCUGCCUCAACUUCGGGCACGGCACCCGAAAUUGUAACAUCAACCCACGCUGA